AGCACGUCCAGGGGGAUGCAGCCAUCCCCUCCCCGGGAAGGGUCCCCGCGUCCUCCCAGGCUCCAGCAGCCAAAGCUGCAUCCAGCAGGGGCUGGAAGCGGCAUUUCCCGUGGGAAUGGGGAGCUGAGGGUACUCGGGGCAUGGAAACACCCACCCCCCAUCCCCAUCCCCCCGCUUGUGCUUUUUGAGGGGCUCACUUCCAAAAUCCAGCCUGGUACGGCCCCUGGGGAAGGAAUUUUUGCCAGAUGUCCUGUGCUAGCCUGUGCCCGCCCAGGAGGUCCUGCCUGCCUUAGCCAGUGUCCUGCCAGCGAUGGCCUCAACGCCCCAGUGAGGCGCAAAAGGACGAGGAGCGAGUGUCCCCAACAGUGCCACUCCCCUGGGAGAGCCAUGGAGGCCCCUCUGGACGUGCCCGUGGGGAACCUCAUUGACUUUGACAGCGAAACACCCACCGGUGACCCCUCAGAGCCUGCUCCUCCCGCCGCUCCCAGCGACAGCGGCCACCUUGGGGACACAGGGGAGGUGGCUGCGGAGGAGAGCGAUGCCACCGAGUCAGCAGACAGCGAGAAUGACAUGGGGGACUCCCCCCAGCACUGGGGUGGCUACCGCCGCUCCUCCUCCAACGAGUCCUUCUCCUCCAGCCAGAGCACGGAGUCGGCGCGGGACGAGGCCGCGGCCGAGCGCCGGGAGUUCAUGCGGAGUUACGUGGAGAAGAUCUUCACCGGGGGAGAGGAUUUGGAGCAAGAGGAGAAGGCCAGGUUUGGGGAGCUGUGCAGCGGCGAGAACGGGAAGGGCAGGGAGUGGUUUGCGAGAUACGUCAGCGCCCAGCGCUGCAACUCCAAGUGUGUCUCGGAGCAGACCUUCUACCGCCUGAUGCAGUCCUUCGCCCUCGUGCUCUUUGAGUGUCACCAGAUGGAUGAUUUCAGCCCUGCCAAGAACCUCAUGACCAUGUGUUUCACCUAUUACUACAUAGGGAAACCUCAUGCCCUGCCCUCGGAGGCCAAGGAGAAGCCCACGGGCAGCAUCGACUCCUACCUGAAGUCAGCCAACACCUGGCUGGCCGAGAAGAAGGACAUUGCUGAGAGGCUGCUGAAAAACACCUCGGCCAAGACAGAGAACGUCAAGGGCUUCUUUGGGGGCCUGGAGACCAAACUGAAGGGUCCUGGCAGCAGAAAGAGCGACGAAGGUGAAGACAAACCAAAGGAGAGGCUGAAGAAGACAGUGUCCCUGCAGAGCCCAGAGGAGGAGAAGAAAGGGGAGAAGAUCUACCUGUACAUGCACCUCAAGCAGCAGCCCAUCUGGCACAACCUCCGCUUCUGGAACGCCGCCUUCUUCGACGCCGUGCACUGCGAGCGCAGGAAGAGGUCCCCCACCACCAGAGGGAACCCUGGGGAGGAAGAGGAGAAGAGGGAGAAGUGGUGCCACAUGACGCAGGAGGAGCGCGACGACAGCCUGCGCUUCAACGAGAACAUCACCUUCGGGCAGCUGGGCACCUUCAUCCACAACAUGCUGGCCUUUGGCCUCAACAAGAAGCUCUGCAGUGACUUCCUGAAGAAGCAGGCGACCAUCGGCAACUUGGAUGAAGAGCAAUACAAGCUGCUCAGUGACCACAUCGAGCAGAUGGCCACGGAGUAGCCGCCUGGCCGGCACACGGCGCGGAGAGACGGCGGCUGGGCAGGUGGGGAGGGAGAGGAACCCACCUCCGGGGCUACCUGAGACUGAAGCUGGGCUACCUACGAACCAAACCACACCCACGAGCUGCAAGAAAACCUGCAUGAUCCAUCAAACUCUAGAGCUGCCCCAGGGCAGCCUGUAGCCAUAGGAGCCAACCAGCCCCCGCCCUCGCCAGACCCUCCCGCCUCUGUUGUCGGAGUAGACAGUCCCAAAAGUGAAUUGGGUUGGUUAAAAAGCAAACCAAAACACCAGGGGAAAGCAGGAAGAGCGUGGCUGUGCAGCCCCCAGGUGCUGUGGCUGCAGCCCCUCCGUGCUGAGGUGUCUGGUGGUAAAUCCAGAGGGAUCCAAGGCUGCCUUUCCCUGCUGGAGUCCCCUCGCUGAUGCUGGGGCUGCACCAGGGAUGCAGGAGGUGAUGGCAGGAGCAGAGCCAGGAGCUGGGGCUGCACCCAGCCACCACUCAGGUUCUGUGGUGUCUCCAGGGGUGUCACCACUGGCUGGGGACACAGGCAGAGGACAGAGGUGGGGCUGGCAAAGUGCUGCUGCCACCCUCCUUGGGAGCUGGAGGGAAAUCCUUCCCUUGGGAAGCCUUCGCUGUGCUGCCCGUGGGGGUUUGUACCUCUGGGCAAAGGGACAGCAGUUUGCUCCAUGUCAUCAGCCUGCAUCAGUAGGAACAAAGCCAUGGCCUUGGGCAGGACUGCAGGCAGAGGCAGUGGAGCUCUGCUUGGCUUGGGAGGAGAUGACAAAAGACCUCAUCCCUCUCCCUGCUGCCCUGUCAGUGUCGGGAUGCUGCUGGAUUGUGACAUUUCCCAAAGCCUCCUGGCGUCCUGUGGCAGCAGAUUAAUUGUCCUCCUUCCCCAGGCUGCUCCUCUCUGCCCCCUCCUUCUCCAGCUGCUCAUCCAUCAAACCUGAAACAGCCCUGUGGAAAGGACAUCUCCUGCUCUGCUCCAGGGCCAGCAGCUCUGUUUUAUCCCUUGGACCUUGGCAGGGUGUUUGAGAGAGGCUGGGGACACGGGGAUGUGGCUGGGGACACGGGGACAUCGCUGGGGACAUCACUGCUCCCCUCUGCAAGCAGCAGCCCACAGGGGCAGAACCCCCCAGCCCUGCACAGCCAAAGGUCCAACAGAGUCUAACCCCCAAAAAAAUCACCCCGAAACACCUGAGUCCAGGUUUCAAUCAAUCCAUUUUCCCUGUGCUGCCAGCUGUAUCCCACAGGAAAUAGCAUAAAAGGAUAUUUUUUCCAUGCAGCUCUUGGCUUCUGGUGUCAUUUCCAAGCAUCAAAGUGAUGCUUUUACCUAAGCUGGGCUUCCCUUGCUGCUGGGGAUGGGAUCCAUGCUGGCUUUUGGAGGAAGGACAAAUCCAGCACCAAUUUCUCCUUGGCCAUUCCCAAACCUGGGCAGAGUUAUUGGAGAAGGGUUUUUUUUUGUGGUGAUGUUGGUCCCUCAUCCCAAUAAACACCUUCCUGCUGGAUAAAAUGUGCUGCACCAUGAGCAGCUCAGCAUCCUGGAGCAUCCCAUCCCCAUGGCCUUCCCUGUCUCUGUCUCCACUCAGGUCUUUCCCAAAUCCUCCUUCAUGUCUUUAUUAUUAAUAUUAUUUUUCCAACAUGAAAAGAAAUGUUCAGCGCUGAAGUAUAUAUAUUAUUUGCAUGUGUAUUUUUCUAUAAAAAUGAUUAAAAUCCAAUAAAAAAUAGCCAUAAACCCUCCUCGACCGGGAACGUGUGAAGGAUGGGAUGUGUGAGAGAGAGAGAUUGGAAUAAAUUAUCUUAGAAAUUAA